UCCGAACAUUUUGCGGGCGGUACGCCAAGACAACUUCAGUGCCGGACCAACCUCGAAUAGGAUAACAUUCCUCAGUAACGAUGACUCGUUUAGAGAUCACGUGGGCUUUCACAGCUUUGUUCCUGCAAUACGUUUCCGGUGCUUCCGAAGUGACGCCUUUCCUGGUCGGUGGAACUCCGGCCGCAAUCGGAGCGUUCCCUGCCCAAGUGGGUAUCAACAUUGGUCAGCAAGCAUUCUGUGGAGGCACCAUCCUUAACCAGAACCAUGUUCUCACGGCGGGCAGUUGCGUGCUCAACGAUCAGAACAACCUGCUAGCUUCAACUCAAUUUUUGGUUAGAAGUGGCAUCAUCAACAUCGACGCCACAACGCCAUCGCAGCAGAUCGACCGGGUUUUCGUUCAUCCCCAGUACAAUCCGUUUACAUUCGAAAAUGACAUCGCCGUACUGCGGAUCGUUGGCAGCUUCGUUUUCCCGGAAACGGGGCAACCUCACAUCGCCCCGGUGGAAAUGAUCGACCGGAUCGUCCCGGAAAACAGUGGCUGCCAGGUUGUUGGCUGGAAUUGGACCCCCGGAGUUCAAACGAUGGCCUUGCAGCAGCUAGCCGUAAGCGUCUAUGAGCGGGCCGCCUGUAACUCUAUGCACCCAUCCAUGAUUCGCGAUUCGAUGAUCUGCGUUACGGGGACAACUCAGGCCCAGGGUCUUUGCGUGUCCAACCGUGGCGGAGGGCUGUACUGCGAUGGGCGGAUGGCUGGAGUAGCUUCGUUUGGGUUUGGCUGCGGGCAAAAUACGACGGCGACGGUUUACACACAGAUUCGGUUCCACCAACAGUGGAUCCAGCAACAGUUUGCCCGGACCGAUAACCCACAGGCUGGACCCACUCCGAUGCCCGGAUUCGAUGGCUCGUCGUCGAUGAUAAAAGCUUCUGUGGUGGCCAUGUUGAUUACUUCUUUAGUUGUAGCUUUAUAUAGAUAACGAAGGUCCGUAAAUAAAUUUUUCACGAAUGAAAA